AGGAACAGUUAUCAGGAACACCGGAAUCGCGCUCUCGACGGAGAUUGCCGGGGAACAUGCCUAAGUUUUACUGUGAUUACUGUGACACCUACCUUACACAUGAUUCGCCAUCAGUGAGGAAAACCCACUGCAGUGGCCGAAAACACAAAGAAAAUGUGAAAGAUUACUAUCAGAAAUGGAUGGAGGAGCAGGCUCAGAGUCUGAUCGAUAAAACAACGGCUGCCUUUCAACAGGGAAAGAUUCCUCCCACACCGUUCCCUGGUGGCCCUCCCCCAGGUGGUCCUCCUCGCCCAGGGAUGCUACCAACGCCCCCCAUGGGAGGGCCGCCUAUGAUGCCCAUGAUGGGGCCUCCACCACAUGGAAUGAUGCCUGGCGGACCCGGAGGCAUGAGGCCGCCGAUGGGAGGACCCAUGCAGAUGAUGCCAGGACCGCCACACAUGAUGCGUCAUCCUCGACCGAUGAUGAUGCCAGUCAGACCGGGCAUGAUGCGACCAGACAGAUAAGACCGGCUGGACUUUCUGCGUUCUUUGUUGCCAUGAACAGAUGCUGUCUAGUGAGGACACUUUGGUUAACACUCAGAUUUUUCAGUGCGACUU